CCAGCCAGGCCCCAGCGGACCGCCCCUUCUGCUCCCAUCAGGCCCCGCCCCGGUGGGCGGAGCCACGGCCAGGCUAGCACUUAUAAAAGUUCGCAGCCAGUCGCCCACAGCAGUCACUCACCUGAGCUUCUCAGCCUGAGCGCACACGCCUAGCAAGCCUUCUGCCCGCCAGCCCGAAGGCCCGCCAGCUCGCCGGAUCGUCCGAACCGCGAUGCAUGUCCCGCUGCAAGGCCAGCUGCAUGCCCCGCCGAGUAGACCCCGAGCCCGCCGCCCACGCCGACGACCAGAUGGAGAUGGGGGACCUGGUCAUCGACGUGAAGCCCGAGCCACAUCCAUGGUCCCUACAGGCCGCGGGGCUGCAGCGGGGUUCUCCAAAGGAAGUGCCUGCGCCGGGCCGCCUUGAGGGCGCACCCCGCUCCUGCCCUACCCUGGUGCCCGCUGCCGGUACCCUCCUCGCCCUCUGCGUGCAGAACCAGUCGGCAUCGUGGACUUCUCUGGUCCCUAAUCCUCACGACCGCCAGCCCUGGACGGACAAACACCCAGAUACGUUGACCUGCGGCCUCUGCCUGCAGACCUCCCUGCUGAAGGCCAUCGCGGCUUUCAUGGACCACAAGCAGCAGGGCUGUCAGCCCUCUAGAGGCCCCAGCCCUGGCCCGGACUCAGAACUUGAGAACCUGAAGGCCUUGACUUGCCUCCGCUGUGGCCGACAAUUCACCAAGGCCUGGACACUGCUGCGCCAUGCCCAGUGGGACCAUGGACUGUCCAUCUACCGGACGGAAUCGGAGGCCACAGAGACUCCGCUGCUGGGCCUGGCAGAGGUGGCUGCAGCCAGGUCAGCAGUGGUGGGGCAGGGAGUGGAGGCCAAGGGCUCCUGGGCGCACAGCCUCCCCCGGCGGAGCCCCACCUGCCCGGUGUGCAUGAAGACCCUCAGCUCCUUCAGCAGCCUCAAGGUGCACAUGCGCGCGCACACGGGCGAGCGGCCCUACGCCUGUGACCAGUGUUCUUACGCCUGUGCCCACAGCAGCAGGCUCAACCGCCACAAGAAGACCCACCACCGGCAGCUGCAGCCUCAGAGCCCCUACACGGCCAAGGCCAGUCAGGAACAGGCCUCAGCUGCGCCUCCAGAGCCAGCCGCCCAUGAUGCUGCCCCAGCCAGGACUCUCCUGUGCAGCCCUGAAGGGGCUGGAGCUGCCCACACAGCAGGUGUGCAGGAACCUGGGGCUCCAGGUGCUGGAGCUCAGGCUGGUCCCGGUGGGGACAGUUGGGGCGAUGCCAUCAAGGAAGAGAGAAUCAACUCUGCCCAGAUCCCAGAGAAGUGGCCUAAGAAGACUCCAAAGACAGUGGGCAAGAGCCAUGGGCCCGGGGGCAGCUGUGAGUUCUGUGGGAAACGUUUCACCGACAGCAGCAGCCUGACUGUGCACCGGCGCUCACACACCGGGGAGCGGCCCUAUACCUGCGAGCUCUGCUCCUAUGCCUGUGCCCAGAGCAGCAAGCUGAACCGCCACCGCCGCAUGCACGGUCUGGGGCCCGGCGGUGCCCGCUUUGAGUGCCCCCACAGCCGUGUGCCCUUCGGCCUGCGGGCCACCCUGGACAAACACCUGCGGCAGAAGCACCCCCAAGCAGGCGGGGAGGCCUGAGUG